CUUUAUAUGGCGCUUGUUUAGUUCGAUACAAACGUGUCGGCGACCUGACGUUUGGUUUCAACUAUGCCUGUUAGUAAGAAUGCAAAGAUCAGCCAGCAUGUUAAUUAUAGGAUUAGAUGUACCAUGCAAGAUGGCCGGCAACUAGUAGGGACGUUCAAAGCUUUCGAUCGUCACAUGAAUAUAAUAUUGUGCGAUUGCGACGAGUUUCGCCAAGUCAGAAACAAGACAGCAAAGCAAGACAAGGAUCGCCAGGAAAAACGGGCUCUAGGCCUUGUUCUUUUGCGAGGUGAACAUGUUGUUACUAUGAAUGUAGAUGGUCCCCCACCUCCUGAAGAUGCCGCCCGAGUUCCGCUCCCUACAGCAGGUGCUUGGUCAACUGGAGUUAAGCCAUUGACUGGUAUUGCUGUCGGGCGCGGCAUGCCCCUUGCGACCCCAGCAGCAGCUAUCGCCCCAGCUCCACCCGCUGGUUUAGGUGGGCCAGUUUGGGGAGUCGGAGCACCAGCACCGGGUCUGAUGCAGCCACGAGCGCUUCCUGGCAUGCCACCUCCACCUCCUCCCCCUGCAGGCGCACCAACUGCGGCGUUCGGUCGUGGAAUGCCAACUGUCACCGCUGUACGAGGAUAUCCUCCUCCUCCACCUCCACCUCCUCCUGGAUAUCAUUGAGACGCAAUCUGACUCAUGGUAUCUAUCCCAGAUAACCACUUAUUAUCGCGGAGAAGUUUUGUAAAAGCAUUUACUUGUUUCAAUAUACUUUUUUAAGCACUUUGA